AGCUGGAUAGUUCCCCACAAAAGGAAAAAAAGAAAAAAUAAAUAAAUCCUCUCUUAGAUUCUUUGGCUGACAAACAGAGGACAAUUUCUUCUUUCCCAAAAUCUCCUCAUUUCCACCACUUAAUUACACCUACAUGCCACUUCAUCUUCACUCUCCUCCAAUGGCUACUCUGCAAACUCAUCUCCACUUUCCCAUCUCUUCUUCACCAAGAUUGUUCUAUUUCAAGAAUCCCAAUUCUGUUUCUUUCUCCAAAAAGUUUUUUUUCUCCAAGAAACUUAAUGGGUCGUUUAGUUAUUCGAAAUUUGGUGCAAAAUAUUCAAUUUUUUGUUGUUGUCAAGCUAGUGGUGAAAUUUUACCUCUUUCAUCAUCUCAGAAAGAGACUAAUGAAAGGCCUCCUUUUGAUAUCAAUUUAGCUGUCAUUCUUGCUGGUUUUGCUUUUGAAGCUUAUACUAGUCCUCCAGACAAUAUCGCAAAGCUAGAGGUGGAUGCGGCUAAUUGCAAAACUAUAUUUCUUUCAGAGUCAUUUGUGAGUGAAAUUUAUGAUGGUCAGUUGUUCAUAAAGUUAAAGAAAGGUCUCAAUUUUCCUGCUAUGGAUCCUUGGGGAACAAGUGAUCCGUACGUGGUGUUACAAUUAGAUAGUCAAGUUGUCAAAAGCAAGGUGAAAUGGGGGACAAAAGAGCCAACAUGGAAUGAGGAGUUUGCUUUAAACAUUAAGCAGCCACCUCUGUAUGAUCUUCAGCUUGCAGCUUGGGAUGCAAAUCUGGUGACUCCACAUAAACGCAUGGGGAAUGCAGCCGUUAAUUUGGAACACCUCUGUGAUGGAGAUUCUCAUGAACUGUUGGUUGAUUUGGAAGGAAUGGGCGGUGGUGGGAAGAUAGAGAUAGAGAUUAAGUACAAGAGUUUUGAGAAAAUUGAAGAAGAAAAGAAGUGGUGGAACAUCCCAAUCGUUACAGAUUUUUUAAAGAAAAAUGGUUUUGAGUCUGCUUUGAAGACAAUUCUGGGUUCCGAGACUGUGCAAGCUCGACAAUUUGUACAGUUUGCAUUUGGGCAAAUGAAGCUACUCAAUGAUGCAUAUAAUGAUUCAGAUAGCAGCAGCAGUCCUGUUGUCGAAUCAGAUGUACUACCAGAGUCGCAGAAAUCAUCCAACUUGGAUGACUCAAGCAUGCCCCCAGAAUCAGAAAUCUCAAAUAAUUUGAAAGACACAAAAGUUGAUGGUGAAGUGGAGUUUAAUCGUGAUGAAAGUGACAUAACCGAUGAGCAUAAUUCCCCCGGCACUAUGAUUUUUGAGAGCUCUCAGUCAGAUAAGCAUUUCUGGAAGAAUUUUGCUGAUACCGUCAAUCAAAAUGUUGUUCAAAGAUUUGGUCUCCCUGCUCCUGAGAAAAUAAAGUGGGAUAAUCUUGACUUGUUAAAUAAGAUUGGAUUGCAAUCACGAAAAGAUGCAGAUGCAGGUUAUGUUGAAUCUGGUCUUGCAACUCCUGAUAAACAGGAAAAUGUUAAUGGUAGUGCAUCAACUGAACCACCUGUUCUUAACAACAUUCAGUCAUCACUUCCAGAUAUCAAGAAGGUUACACAAGACUUAUUACGUCAAACUGAUUCCAUUUUGGGAUCAUUGAUGGUUCUAAAUGCCACAGUUUCUCAAUUCAACAAAGGAGCAGGCCUUUUCAGAAAAGGUGAUGCUAAAGAAGAUUCUUCCAUUGGACUGGAAAAUGACAUCCUUGGAUAUCCCAUGAAUAAAGAUGGAAUAGUGUUGGAUGAGAAGAAAGCUGAGGAGAUGAAGUCUCUUUUUUCAACAGCAGAGACUGCCAUGGAAGCUUGGGCAUUGCUAGCUACUUCAAUGGGACAUCCGACUUUCAUCAAAUCUGAAUUUGACAAAUUAUGCUUCUUAGAUAACGAGUCAACCGACACAGAGGCAACGCUCUGGCGUGAUUCAGCAAGGAAACGGUUAGUCGUUGCUUUCAGGGGAACAGAACAAACUAAAUGGAAAGAUCUUGUGACGGACUUGAUGCUAGUUCCUGCAGGGUUGAAUCCUGAAAGGAUAGGUGGGGACUUCAAGCAAGAAGUUCAGGUUCACAGUGGUUUCCUAAGUGCAUAUGACUCAGUUAGGAUUAGUCUUAUCUCGCUAAUCAAAAAAGCAAUUGGCUAUCGGGAUGAUGAUCUUGAGCCACCAAACAAAUGGCAUGUUUACGUGACUGGCCAUAGUCUUGGUGGUGCAUUGGCUACUCUUCUCGCUCUUGAACUAUCAUCAAGUCAACUAGCUAAGCGUGGAGCUAUACGAGUGACCAUGUACAACUUUGGAUCUCCAAGAGUUGGAAACAAAAAGUUUGCGGAAAUUUAUAAUGAGAAAGUUAAAGACAGCUGGAGGGUUGUAAACCACAGAGAUAUAAUACCAACAGUUCCUCGCUUGAUGGGAUACUGCCAUAUUGCUCAACCCGUUUAUUUGGCAGCCGGAGAUCCAAAAUACACAGCAGAUAAUGUGGAACUCUUGGAAGAUGGUUACCAAGGUGACGUUAUCGGAGAGGCCACACCCGAUGUUAUUGUCAGUGAAUUUAUGAAAGGUGAAAAAGAACUUAUUGAGAAAAUAUUUAACACAGAGAUUAGCAUAUUUCUAGCAAUCAGAGAUGGCAGUGCACUUAUGCAGCACAUGGAGGACUUCUAUUACAUCACUCUGUUAGAGAAUGUGAGAUCAAAUUAUCGAACUGUUCCAAGGCCACAACUGACAGAAGAGAAGAACAUAUCAAUUGGCUAAAAUGGAAAUUAUCAAAAUUCACCAAUGUCGAUAUUUUAAUUACCAAAGGUGUCAUGUUAAAGGUUGUAAAUUACGAUAACACCAAAAAAAUAAAAAGAGGCUGCAUUUAUUGUAUACAUGUAUGAUUGUUAUUAAUGCAAGUGUAUAUUGCUUUGGUUAUUUUUCACUUAACUAGUCUUUAUGCAAGUACAUUGUACGUGUAUUUUUGUUAAAACAAUUAUUUAAAAAAACUGAUAUUUCAUUUUGCUUUAUAAUU